AGAGGCCUAAUUAGCGUGCUAGCAAAAGUUCGCAUUGCAUGUGCUGGUCGAAGCUAAAUGAGCAGCAGAGAAGUGUGUUUGCUUCUCGGAGCCACUGGCGUUGGAAAGACGUUGUUUCUUAAACGUCUACAAAAUAUCCUUUAUGAUCGUUAGAAUGUUUUAAACCAGGAGCUAAAAAAAAGCUAUGUGUAUCGGCCAGCCUAACAAGCUAAUUUAGCUUUUAGCUAGUGUUAAUGUUAAAUAAGAAAUUAAUUUUACAGAAUCCCCAACGCUCGUAUUUUAAUGUGGUCUUUUUUAUUCACAUGGUUAUCAAAAGUCUCAUGUCAGCUCAGUACUACAUUAUUCUACACUUUUGAAACUGCAUACUUUAACGACUUGAAUAUCAUUUUGCGCAGAUAUCUGUGACGAUUGAUCCAACUAAUACUUAACAGCAGUAGCCUCUUUGGAUAUUUAUUUCCUUACAGAUUCUAUUAACUGCUCAGUUUGCACGGUUUAAAGGACAUGCCCUCGCCUCCUGCAACUCUUCCCACAGUAAGCAGUACAGAAAUGUAAUAUGUAGGAACCAACCUGACUGACUUGACCCUGAAAAAGAAGAAAAUCACUGUGAGGGAACUGGGAGGCUGCAUGGGACCUAUAUGGCCCAGUUACUUCAAAGACUGCUCCUCUGUCAUUUUCAUGGUGGAUGCAGCCAACACUGCUCAGAUAUCCUCCUCCUGUAUCCAGUUGCUGUCUGUCCUCUCUGCUGAGCCUCUGAAUAAAAUCCCUGUCCUUAUUCUCUUCAACAAGAGGGACAUGCCUUGCAUUAUGAGCCUUAUGGAAAUAAAGUCACUGUUCAGGAUGGAUGACAUCAUUGCAUCUGCGACUCAGCCCAUCACAACACUGGAACUCAGUGCCCGCUCUGGAGAGGGACUGCAGGAAGUUUUGAGCUGGCUGGAGUCCAUCACAGUCAAGUGAUAUCCAUUUGUUCUUGUAUGCUGAUACUUUACUCACAAACAUCAGAGAUAUACUUUCAAGCCAUUUGGACAGGAUCCCCAAUUUAAAAGGGCAGCUUGCAGACAGUUUUAGAGAAUUUAAUAUUGCCUUCAGUUUGGGGCUGUCUAAUACUUGCAAGGCAUAUGACAAGAUAAAAAAUGCAAAUGGUCUUUGGUACUGUAUGAUUAAGGAGAUUGGUUGGAAAGGUGAAUAGAAAAGGUAGAUGUGAAAGUGUUUCUAUGGUCUGUCACACUGAUUUCAUAGUACAGGUCAGAGUUAUUGGUAAUAUGAACUGUGACAAAAUUCAAAUUAUUAUGAAAAAUGCAAGUUAGCCAAUUCCUUAUCACUAGAAGAAUUUGAUAAAAUGUCCAAGUUAUUUACUAAAACAAAGGUUUUCAUACUGCAAAAAUAUUAAGUAAAAUUAUAAAUCAAUUAUUAUUGAUACCUUUCCUGUUGUAUUCAUUUAAGCUAGUUGUGACAUUUAAAAGAAAAUACUCUCCUGUUUGGGUUGACAUGACCUGGAUCAUCUUGUGAAUGAAGGUAUUACUUCAUUAAACCAGGGUAAAAAAGAAAGACUAGUGUUCCUUAAUAUGGGCACAGAGGCAUCACAAUCUCAUGGAAUACAUUUUUACAGGCAAAGGAAACCAACAUAGAACACUGCGAAAAGGUAGUGCUUGUAUACAGGCAACAUAAUGGAGGCCUUAAGGUAAAGACCACCCUGCCCACAGUUAAGCAUGAUGAAGGUUUUGUCAUCUUCAGCGCUGCUUUGUUUUUAACAAGAAAGGAACCAAAUGUGUCAAAGGAGUGAUGAUUACCAGAGGAUUUCUAUAAACAAAUGUGUGUUGCCAAGUAUUGGAAAUUGUACUUUAGAGGGAAUGUCUUUGGUCUUCCAUCAAAACAAAGGAAGGGUUAAAAAGGAAAAUUGAAUCCUUAAACAGGCUACAUAUGACUAAUUCUGCAGAAAGUAAUCUUGCAAACUUGUACACAUAACUGAAAGAGAAACAGAGGCAACCAGCUGGUGGAUAAAUUUUGAAGUCGUUUAUGUUGAAGAUUCUUCAAUCAAGGAAGUUGUGUUUUAUUUAUUUAUAUAUUCUGAAAUUAAAUUUUGAUGUCACAAAAUUGCUUCAUUUGGAUUUAUUUCUGAAGAUAAUCAGAAGUGCAUUUCUGCAGUGGCAAAAAUUAUGAUCAGUGUUGUAAUGACUAGUUUUACCAGCAGGGGGCGUUAAAAUGCAUGCACAACAAAUACUGAAACAAUCACUGGGUGUGUACGUGAAUUCCUAUGACGUAAUUCAAAUCAAAUGAAUCAGUUGCGAUGGACAUGAGUGUUUGCUGAAAGUCUUCCAUUUUCUAAUUAUACAGCUGCAUUUGAUGAGAGCUGGUGGUUCACAGCAAUGAAUAAAGCAUAUUUAAAUGUUACCUUGCUUAUUAGAAAUUCUGAAGCACCUAAAGUUCUCCCAAAUGUAAUUUUUUGUCCUGCAAAUAAUUUCAUUAUAGUUAUAUUAUCAUGAACUUUAUACCACUCUUUCUAAUAAAAA